AAACUAAGAGAUGAAAUUUAAAAAUACUACUGUCAGCUUCUCACAGAGCCAAUUCUCCAGAAUUCCAAGUCCCACUGAAGCGGUGUGAGCCCUCUGCACAGCUGGGAAAUGUUCUGAUGAACACAGAAUUUGCCCUCUACCUCAGAGCGCACGGGCGCCGCGGGCCCGCCCCAUGGAGACGCCGCCACCGAGCGCGCAGGACCGCCGGCCGGCCCCGUCAGCCGCCCGCCCGCCGCCUCGCUCCCUCCCGCGGAGGACCGCCGGCCCGAGGUGGCGCCGGAGCUCUGGCUGAGGGGCGGCGGCGGCGGAGGCUGAGGGGACUGACAAAGCCGCUGGGCCGCCGCGCCGCUACUUAUAACGCCGCGCGUGUCGUCAUGGAGACACACCAGCUCAAACCAGCCGCGAUCGGUUCCGUCCGGGCGUCCUCAGAGGGAGGGGGCGGAGCGCGGCGGCGGCCAACCCGGGGGCGGCGGGGCGGGGGGCGCGGGCAGUUAAACGUCAGCGCCUUCGAGCACCGCCCGGCCCGCCCCCCGGCUCGGCCCCGCCCAGCCCUGCGGCAGCCCUGCGCACGCGCACGGCGCCCCAGGCCCGGCCCCACGGGCGCUCCUCCGGGGCCGGGUGCCCGCGGCUCGCCCGCCUCUUAGCCUGAGGCUAGGAGU